AUGGCCCGUUAUAUUCGCUUUCAACCGACGGAAUGGCAGGGAUACAUAUCAAUGAGAGUUGAGCUCUAUGGCUGUUAUGCUGGUAAUGUAUUCUUUCUUUAUGCUGUGUCUGCGCUAAUCACCCCCAGUCGCAAUGUUUUAGGCAUGGAUGGUGGCAAGAUAAAAAAACUGCCAUGAACACUGAAUAUAACCUUUUGUUUAACACGGGAGAGCAUUAAGAGAAAAUAUCAUAGCGUUAUAAAAGUAGGGAAAAGUUCCAUCCACGAUCAACCAAGUCACAGAUCCUCGUCGUCCUCCUUCCCUAUUUUUUCCCUUUCGUCACUUCUUCAGUCCCCUACACUGCACCAACUUGUUUUUAGCAAGAGCAGAAUAAAACGUAAUAGAUUUAACUUAUUGAAUUCAAAUUACGUCGAAAUUGAUUUCAGAGAACUGGAAGAAGAUAAAUAUUGAGCCAGUCUGCUUUGGAGCAAAGGAUGACUCACACGGAACCUUUAACAUCACAGAGAGUGGGGUCAUUUAUACGUUUAAACUGGUUCAUCUGAGCGGCUCAGUUAGCUGUGACCCCAAUUACCCAUCUUCCUACUGGGGAUGUGACCGUCCGCUUUAUAACAAAGAGAAAUUAGUUACUAUUAUAACGUUUCAGAACAAGUCUGCUCUUUUGCUUGCAAAUUACAAGAAAACCCAGGGCAAUGGCUGUAGAUAUUAUUCUUACAAGAUAGAAGGUGUAGGUGUUAACGAGUCCGAACUUUGGUUUAACACCCUUCCCUCACCAAUAUCCGUGUCUGUUGGCCAAGAGUUCCAACUUUGGUAUGGGCCGGACUUAAAGAACUGUUACGAAGACGAUAAUAGCGGUCAUACAUGUGCUGAUGUUUAUGCGUGGUAUGAGUGA